CGUCAGUCUGCGGCGCACGGCGCAACACCGGAGACCAUGUCGGACAACUCCACCGACACCACCAGCAACGACACGCUGCCGGCGGCCGCCGUCGCGCAUUAUAAUUUCCCGGCGCUCGUUUUCGGGAUUUUGCUGAUUGUGAUUGUCAUCGGGGGAAACGUGCUCGUGUGCCUCAGCGUGUACCUGGAGAAGGCUUUAAAAACGACUACAAACUACUUCAUAGUCAGUUUGGCCUUCGCGGACUUGCUGCUGGCGAUGCUGGUUCUGCCGCUCUUCGUUUACGCAGAGUUUCAGGGUGGAGUCUGGUCCUUGAACAUGCUGAUGUGUGAUGGCCUGAUGACCAUGGAUGUGAUGCUGUGCACCGCCUCCAUUUUCAACCUGUGUGCCAUCAGCGUAGACAGGUUCAUUGCAGUGUCCAUUCCUCUAAAUUAUAACCGCAGGCAUGUGGACCAUCGCCAGCUCAUCCUGUUGUCGGCCACCUGGCUGCUGGCCCUGGCCGUGGCCUCACCUGUCAUGUUUGGCAUCAACAACGUGCCUAACCGCGAUCCCCGCGAGUGCAAACUGGAGGACAACAACUAUGUCGUUUAUUCCUCCGUCUGCUCCUUCUUCAUCCCCUGCCCCAUCAUGGUCCUGCUCUACUUCGGAGUUUUUCGCGGGCUGCAGCACUGGGAGGAGGCUCGGAAAGCCAAACUACGCAGCAGCAUCGAGGCCUGCAGGAAGCUGCAGCACGCCGCCGCCGCCACCGCCCUCCCCCCGCUGACGGGCACCAUCCCCGGCCCUCUGCCCAUGCCUCUGCCCAGGAUCAUCGAGAGGGACUUGGCCCAGUCUCGGCUGGACGAUACGGACGACUACAUGCAGCACGAGAUUCCUUAUCCUCGACAGUACAGAGAGAACUCGGUGCCCACGGUGACCUUCAGCCAGCAGCCGCAGAGGAAGAAGAGAGCCAAGAUCAACAGCAGGGAGAGGAAAGCCAUGAGGGUGCUGCCUGUGGUAGUAGGUUGCUUCCUGUUCUGCUGGACGCCGUUCUUCGUGGUCCACACGACACGAGCUCUGUGUUCAACGUGCGACAUCCCUCCCAGUCUGAUGAGCACCGUCACCUGGCUGGGCUACGUCAACAGCGCUCUCAACCCCAUCAUCUACACCAUCUUCAACACCGAGUUCAAGAAAUUCUUCAAGAAAUGUUUCCGCAGCUGCUGCCGACACCAGAUUUCCCUCCACAGACACUGA